GUAAAAGUGUUUGCCUACGGUUUUAUAUUUGUGUCGGAUGGAAAUACGAGAGAGCUACGCCGGCGAACAAUUUAUUUCAAUUAUAAUGAAUAAGCGCGUUGGAGACGCUGUGUGUUAUAGCUUACUUUAGACAAAUAAUUGAACUUUAAUAUUCUAUAACGGAUAGUCGGCAACAAGUGCCGUGUAGCGAAUAAUGGUUUGUGAAAUAACGACAGUGACGUCUCGCUGUACAGCCUUGGAUAUUAUGAUUACGAGAAAAAGUGUAUUUUGAAAAUAUACCGAGUGUUUUCGUGUUGAAAACGUCUGUGAGAUAUUAUUCGACUGUGUUGUGGUCACAUUUGUGAUAGUGGUGACGGUAGAUCAGUGAUAUGUCGGGCGGUCGGAGCAUCGACAAGGAGCGCAAGUCGCCGAGAGAAAGCGGGGAGGACUCGGAGGAUGAGAGUGAAAUCCUGGAGGAGAGCCCCUGCGGGCGGUGGCUGAAGCGACGAGAGGAGGUAGAACAGCGAGAUGUGCCUGGCAUCGACUGCGCGCACCUCGCCAUGGACACGGAGGAAGGCGUGGAGGUUGUGUGGAACGAGGUGCAGUUCUCCGAGCGCAAGAACUUCAAGGCGCAAGAGGACAAGAUACAGAUGGUGUUCGACAACCUCACGCGACUCGAACAUCCCAAUAUCGUCAAGUUCCACCGCUACUGGACCGACACGCAUAACGACAAGCCCAGGGUGAUCUUCAUCACGGAGUACAUGUCUUGCGGCUCGCUGAAACAGUUCCUGAAGCGCACCAAGCGCAACGUGAAGCGGCUGCCGUUGCAGGCGUGGAAGCGCUGGUGCACGCAGAUACUCUCCGCGCUCAGCUACCUCCAUGGCUGCAUGCCGCCCAUCGUCCACGGAAACCUGACGUGCGACACGAUCUUCAUCCAGCACAACGGGCUCGUGAAGAUCGGCUCCGUGGCUCCCGACGCCAUUCACCACCACGUCAAGACUUGCCGCGAGAACAUGAGGAACAUGCAUCUCAUCGCACCUGAAUAUGGAUCAUCGCAAAUGGUGACCCCAGCGAUGGAUAUCUACUCAUUCGGAAUGUGCGCACUGGAAACUGCGGCACUUGAAAUCCAAGGCAAUGGUGAUUCGGGAAGCCACGUGACCGAGGAGCACAUCAUACGUACUGUUGAGUCGUUGGAGGAGCCCAGGCAGAAGGACUUUAUAUACAGGUGUAUAAACAAGGAUCCGGCGAAGAGGCCCACGGCGCGGGAGCUGCUCUUCCACCCGUUGCUGUUCGAGGUGCACUCGCUCAAGUUGCUGGCAGCUCACACGCUAGUCAACACCACGGCGAACAUAUCGGAGACGAUCACAGACGAGGUGGCCGGCGGCGGCAGCGGCGAGGCGCUCGCAUGGUGCGUGAAGGGAGGCGAACGGAUGGAGCUCGCCGCUAAAGACCUGCAGCCUCAUGCCGAGAAACUGGAGAAGUUCGUCGAGGACGUCAAGUACGGCAUCUACCCGCUGACGGCGUACGGCUGGGGCGGCAGCGUGGGGCGCUCGGCGUCGCCCGCGGAGCGCGCGCUGCCCGCCGCGCCGCCCGCCUCGCCGCCGCCGCGCGACCUGGAGACGCGCCGCGUCGUCAACAUGAUGUGCUCGCUCAAGCCGCACCCGCACCCCGCGCACGCGCCGCACCCCGCACACCCCGCGCACGCCGCGCCACACGAACACAGCGCGCCGGACCUGCUCUGUGUGGUGUUGCAGAUGACGAUCCUGCUGCGCAUGGACGACAAGAUGAACCGGCAGCUGACGUGCUGCGUGUCCCGACGCGACUCCGCCGCCGCGCUCGCGCACGAACUCGUGCAGCUCGGCUUCAUACACGAGGGCGACCGCGACAAGAUCUGCCGGCUCAUGGAGGAGUCGCUCCGCAGCAGCUUCGGCGCCGCGCCGCGCCCCGCGCCGCGCGUGCCGAGCUAGUGCCGCCCCCGCGCCCCCCGCGCCCCGCGCCGCGACACCCCGCACGCCCCGCGC